AUGAUUAGAAGAGAUGCAAGCUGCUUCACGCUCACCACUGUCUUCCAUGGUGCUUUCUCGAGCUUAGGAUUCGUGAACUUCCAAGUCCGGCGCUGCGCGGUUGUGUUGGUCUCGUCGCAGCGGAACCAGACCUUCUCACCAGAGGAUCCAAGGCUUCACCGGUGA